CUGUGCCCAGAGGUCGUUGAUGUGACCGGUCUCAUGCCCCAAUAUGGUUCAAUAGAGUUACAUCUGUCCAUGGACGAGACCAUGGGUACCGUCUUUCUCGCCAUGGCAUAGCUUUUCCCCCCUCUCUUAUUUUCUUUCCUGCGACUUGCUCAAUCACAAUUACUCUGGCGCAGCGCGUUGAAACCUCGCAUUUUCGCAUCUAUACUGGGUUCACCGCGGGCCUGGUGUCGGAGAGAUGGACGAGAAACUAUGCGUCGAAAUGCCAAAGACAAAGACUCACCGGACGAGUCGAGCCAGACUCCCUCGGCCCCCGCUGAGACGACUGUCGAAUUCACCUUCGUCAAUCAUACUGAAGACGUGAACUCCAUCAAGCGCAGAAAAUCCGGCAGCAAGCAACAACUCUCGGCGAUUCGAUCUCAUGUCAUGGCAAGAGUGCGUCGUUUGGAGUCGGCGCAAGGAAAGCACAGGGCCAAACCACAUCAGUCUCGAGCGAGUUCGAUCUCCACAGAGUCGAGUGUCUCUAUCAAAGAUGAGUCUCAUGUUUCCGCACCAGGGUCGCAUGAGACUGUCCGUCCAUCAAACCGACUUACUGUCGUGUGGUCUGCGACCUCUGCCCCAACUACACCACUCACGGUCUCUCCGGCAAACCACGUGUAUGACCCUUUCUGCACCCUGCCCUGUAACAACUUACCACAUAAGUCGUCCGAGGGUUUGUUGAGCUAUUGUGAGUGCCUGGCUGCGAGUUGUAUAGGCAGGGCAACGAGAUUGACCUUGCGUUAGGCUUCGACGUGCUGUUGCCGACGACCUUUUCUGUCGAGUUCAAGCAGCCAAAAGAACGUCUCGCUCGUCAAGGGAUGGUGUUGCAAAGUAAAAUGAACAACCCUGCCACAUAUCUUGGAUUCAUGGCCACGGUCGCAGCACACCGGGCGGUAUUGUACGGCCGGCACGAGGAUCUCAGGCCGUCCGAUCGCGAUCACGACGAAUUGAUAAAUGACCCCGACUAUCGAAAGGUGAAACAUGAAGCCAUCGUCGCCGUGAGGACAUUGGUCCAGAAGAGCAAGGCGCCGAGUCAAUACCUAGUCGACUCUUGUUUUGGACUGGUCUCGAUAGCCACGGUGGUGGGCAACUUUGAAGAGGCACAGAUGCACCUCAAGGGUAUCGCGCAUAUCAUCUCACUGGUCGGUUGUUCCGAGGAGUCCAUGAUGUGGCUUCCAGUCGCCAAUGUCAAAGUGUCUGUUGGUUUGCUGCAAAGACCAAUCUUGCCCAUUCCCUGGGAGCGCGCAGUGAUCCCCGAGGAGAUCCUCGAGCGAAUCUCACCUCCAGCAAAAAGCGUAUUGGCGCGGAUGGGGUCUGCCUUCAAACAACUAAAGCCGCUCAGCUCGAGUCUGCAAGCCUUGCUUGGAACGAGUCGAGACAUCUGCAAUCUUGUCGAGUACAGCUCCACAAACCCCAAGGGACUCUCGACCUCCGAAAACAGCUUGCUCCGUCACAAAGCCAUCGAACUGGAAUACGACCUCGUUUCCUACCCCUACGACAUUCCUGAUUUCUUCGUGCACGGCGACACGGAGCCGUUCGUGCCUCCGCUGGAACGGGUCAUCCGCAUGGCUGCCCUCGGCUUCAUGUCCUUUGCUCCUCACACCAUCAUGCCUUCGACCGGUCUAGGGCGAGCCAUGACUUGUCAUCAAAUGGACGCGAUUGAAAGUUGGUUAUUAUUACGAUCAAGGAAAAAUCCUGGGGUGGGUGAGAAAAUGAUGACGAUGACGCCGCCGGCCACCACCAUCACCACCAUUGUAGAGCUCCAGGCCGUCACUUGGGCCCUAUUUGUAUUCGCACAGUGCGCCAUGGGACAGCCCGAAGAGGAUUUUUUUGUGAACCUGAUCGUUCGCAUGACAGAGGAUCUGCGCUCGUUGAUCUGGCUGGACGUGGAACGGCUCUUGGCUACUUUUUUAUACAUGCCUCGAUCACAGGCCAGGGCUUGGGCAGACAUUUGGACCCAAGUGAAGAAAAAGACACGUUCUCAAUAGAACCUACGAAUGCGACCUGCCCGAUUGACAAGAUCUGAGAAUGACAAAAUCUGGUCCCCUAGAUCCUUGCAACCAUUGUCGAUACCAAGAGAUAUAAAUAUAAACAAACAUUUGUACGCAUCACAUACC